AUGGCAGGAUCGGGCAGCGGUGGCGUCGGGGCAGGACCCAGGGGCGGCACGGGCGGAGGCAGCACGGGCGGGGGCGUGGGUAGGACUCUCCUGGCGACGAGUAACGAGCACCGAGGUCCUCCUCCAAGCGGCACGGUGGUCCAGUGUGGUCCGUAUCAGUAUAGCUUGGGUCUGUUCGGCUGGAGGAGGCGCUGUCUAUACGCCCUGGUCCUUCUCCUGCUGGUGAUGGUGACCCUUAACCUGGCCCUCACUCUCUUUAUCCUGAGGGUUCUCGACGUCAGCUUGGCGAAGGCGGUGCAGUAUUCAGCGGGUCGGUCCAGACGUCCCACGUAACGGCGCCGAUCAGCGAGUCCCUCCUGCUGGAGUCGAUGACGAGGAGCCUGGAGGUGACGGCGCCGGAGGGGAUCGCCCUCGAGUCGCGCGCGGGCACCAUCUCGGCCUUGAGUCUCAGCGACCUCACCCUUCAGUCCAAGGGCGGGAUAAUGUUCGAGACGCCCAACAUCAUCGUCCGAGAUCUCAAGGUCUCUAAUACACCGAUAAGCGACCCUCUUGAUGAUGUUUUCCAGGUGUGCGUGUGCAGCAACGGGCGUCUGUUCCUCGCCAAGCCCGGGGGCGUGUGUGCAGCAGACCAGAACUUCUGCAAGUAGUUCCUCCUCCCGGGUCGCCAUCGCCCUCGUCCUUUCCCACGUUGUUAUCUAUGUUGAUGGGCGUCUGGGAGGGAAAAGAGGAGAAUGAUUAUACUAAGACAAGAGAAAUUCAUUGGCUGUUGAUCUUGUGAAUGUUUGUAUCUGUUUUUU